UGCGCUUGGACACGAACUCCGCUUGCCACACCGAAACAUACCCGAGUCCCGAGCUAGGCCUUGAGGUAGGCCAUUUGGUAGUCCCCUUGGUAGUCCUCUUGGUAGUCCUCUUGGUAGUCGACGGGAUUAUUGAAAACACCUGUCAUGUACAAGCAUACCUCAUAGUUCCCUGGAAUCUCUUCGGUAGUCAAAAAUGAUCAUGGUUGGCACCAGGGACUCUGCCAAUUUUCACAAUGGAGACACCAUUCCUGUUGCUGCGUUUGAGGCUCACUCUCAAAGUCUUCAUCUCCCAAGAGAAUCGUACGUACAAAGAGACAUAUCCAACGACCGGGACGAAGAUGAAGAUGAAGGCACAGCAACGGUUGAAUUGGCUGCUAUCAUGACAACUACAUCAACGCCUGUCACACCUGGGCCUGCAAGUCCACCUCUCGAGCCUCCCAAGUCCACUGAUUUUGUACCUCCGACGCGCCCCAGUAGUACUCCGUUCCCCAAUGCUCAGCAGGGCCAAACUGAUAUCCGCUGCCUAACCUGCCAGCCAUACUGCCAUCGGAUUCGGGGCAGUAUGGCCACGAGCCCAGUUUCCACUCCCGUCGUGGCGGAACAGAAUCCUAUAUUAACCCUCGCCCAGUUACCAGCCGAGAUCCACGAAUGUAUUCUUGACCACAUAUUUGGAUACCGGGUUUCUACCACAUCACCAAGUUCCCUCAACAUUCCCAGUAUGAAUGCUCGAAGCUGGAGUACCGCGUUGCGACAUUCGAGGAGGAAGGAAUUAUCUAAUCUAGCUUUCGUCUGCCCCUUGUGGAGAGAUCUCAUUCAACAACGCCUCUACCGACAUAUCAAACUAAAAGCCACAGUUCACUGCAGCAAUGAUGUUAUGGCCUUUUUCGUACGCCACCCUCACCUUCGAACGUAUGUGAAGCAUAUCGAGAUAUGGUUUCCGGUAUUUCAACCCAAAUUCCACGCCACGACUCCAGGGGAUACGUCUCUUGCGCUACCGACAGUUUCCCCCGAGGGAAUCGCAAGCGCAACCUACGCAUUGCCAACUGACAACUCUACACUCGAAGAAGUUUUCUAUCUCGUGAGCAUAUUGUUUCCUGAGGCGCGGGUAAUGACACUCGAGGGGGGAGAAAGGAAAAAGGCACCGCGGGUGAAGUUCAACUUGGUCGGACCGCCAGGACUUGCCAGGGAUUUGCCUGAAAUUCCAUCAGUUCGAACGCUCAUUGUGAAAGGCCAGUGGAACAUUAUUCGGCAGCCGAAGGAUUGGGAAAUUAUCUCCCGCGCGUUACCGAACUUGGAGGAAUGGCAUGGCACCUAUGCCAAGCCCAAAUCCAAGAGUUACCUUAGCAUGGCGAGCACACUCGAGUGCCUCGAUGCCAAAAUCACCAGUCUUAAUCUCUGCCUUGAGUGUGACUACAGGAGGGAAAUGUCAAUCCCCCCUUACUAUAUGAAAGUUUGCGAGCAGCUCCACUGGUGUGAGAAAAUGGCGAAAGCCGCAAGUAACCUGGAGCACUUCUCCUACACGGGACGUGUCUGUUCCGGGUUCUUCGACGUGCUUUCGAGAUAUUCAAAUCCGCGCACUACCCGGCUUAAGACCAUCGAUGUUACCGUUAAGAAUUGUUGCCGGCAAAAUGCUCAAUGGAAUGAGUCAGGCUCGGGCAUCACUGACAUGCAUUUCAUUGCCGCUUUUGAGCAACUCGUGCUAGGCGGGAUUCGAGCCUUGGAACGUCUGAAAUCUGUAGAACUACUGCGGAUCCGAUAUGUUGAUCUCGAUUCUCCUGUCCCGCCUCUGAACCCCUAUUUCAUGAUUAGAGAUGGCUGGUGCUCGGGGGUGUGGAGCGAGGAGAUCGUAACAGAGAUCAACUGCGUGCGUCCUGAUAUUCGCUUCGAGGAUAUGGUGGACAGCUUCGGGGAGGUAGGCUAUAAUAAGGAAGGUCGGUUGGUUAUCAACCCAGACUUUCCAAAGUCACGGGUGCUCUCCCUUAAAUUAGCCAACUAUGCCAUGCUCUCUGGUGGCAUCUCAAUCGUGUGAAUCUUGAUGUUACAAUGUCGUCUCACGGUUAGAUGAUCGCGGCGUGUACU